AUGCCUGUGACUGAAAUCGCAACCAUUCCACUGUCUGCUGGUUCCAAUGUUCGGAAGCGAGGCAGUGAAGCGAACCGUAUCUGGCAACAUAUGCUCGCUAUCAUCUCAGGACAGGAUGGCUGUCAGAACAUCUAUUCCGGUUUACAAUAUGAAAGCCCAAAUAUGGCGCAAUUAUUCAUAGUAUGGGACACGAUAGAGCAUCAUCAACGUUUCCAAAAGCUACCUGUGUAUGGGCAGAUGCUACAGAGCUUGGAAAGUAUUCUUGAUGGAUCUCCACAGCUUUUCCAUUUCGAGCUCGAAAACCUCAGUGACCUUACUGCAGCUAUCUCUGCCUCUGUCACAGAGCUGGCAACCCUUUUCCUGCCAGAGAUGAUGCCGUCGUUCGAUGAUAAUCUAGGCUCGUUCGCAAAGAUACUCAAGGAACAUGCAGAGGGUUUCCUAGGGUGUACGUACGCUUGGAUCAUGGAAGACGUCGAACACGAGAGCUUUGGUCCAGGUAUCAAGGGUAGAGCUUGCAUACUAUCCAUUGGGUGGUCAUCGAUAUCCGCCCAUACGACCUUCAAGGAGACCAGUGCUUUCAAAAAGGGUCUCGAGUUGUUCAAAGACGCGACAGGGAGCGAAAUUCAUCAUACGACGUUCUGGACCGCGGCCUGA